AAUGACCACAAAUCUACCGCUAUCAUAAACACACUGUGAAACCACUUGAGACACUAAUAUGUCUUCAUUAUUUCUCUAUUGCUCUCUCUUCGUCUUCUGCUCUACCCUUUUCCAUUCCACUGAUGGAGUUCUAAUUAGGCAAUUUGGCAGAUCCGAUAAAACAGAAAACGUGAGCCAUCUCCACUUUUUCUUCCAUGACAUCCUCAGUGGCAAAAACCCCACCUCUGUUAGAAUUAUUGGGCCCCCUAACGGCUCGAGUGCCGGAUUUGGCAGUACUAUGAUGAUUGAUAAUGCACUGACUGAAGAGCAAGACCCCAAAUCGAAGAUCAUUGGAAGAGCACAAGGAUUUUACUCCAUGGCUGCACAAAAUGAUAUUGCAUUACUUAUGGUCAUGACUCUUGUUUUUGAGGACGGCAAGUACAAGGGGAGUACAAUUAGCAUUCUUGGGAGGAAUCCAGUUCUCAACGAUGUGAGAGAGAUGCCGAUUGUUGGCGGCACGGGGCAGUUCAGGUUCGCUCGCGGUUAUGUCUUAGCUCAUACUGUUUGGUUUGAUGCUAAUACAGGAGAUGCCACUGUUGAGUACAAUGUUUAUGUGUCACAAUCAUGAAAUUUCUCCUUAUUUUUUAUUUUUAAUGUUUCCUAUGGAGUCAUGUAUUGUUCUUAGGCCAUGGAUACAACAAUCAUCUAGCUAGAAGAAUUGGACACUGCAAUUUUAUUUUCUGUUAUGAUGGGGUUUCUGUUAUGUUCCAGUACUGCCUAAGCAGAGAAGAUUUUUCAGAGUCUGUAUUCACAUUGAUGUGGAAUUUAAUUCAUAUGAAUCAUUUAGCCAGAAAUAAAA